CAGGGCAGUUGCAGCAAUUGCCCAAUCAAAGCCUAUAUAACUAGCUGUCAGCUCGGCCCAAAUAUCCCUUUCUUGGACACGAACUACACAAUUUAAUCUGAAUUUCUUCAACCUCAUCCGUACAACUCCAUAGACGUUUGCUUUGUAUCACACUUCGAUUUUGGACAUAUCACUAUGUCGGACCAAAAAGAUCAAACGAUCGACAUCACGGUCGAUUUUUCUGGCGGCCUCGAAAUUCUCUUCUCCAACCAGAAACAUCAUGCUCUCUCAGUACCAGCCCAUGACGCCCAAGGCAAGCCAGCAAACGUCGGCUUUCUCAUCAACUAUCUUUGUCAGACGCUCAUGGCCGACCCACGCGCUGAUCUCUUUGUGCUUGGUGGUGAACUCCGCCCGGGUAUCUUGUGUCUAAUCAACGACAGUGACUGGGAGCUGGAAGAGGAAGAUGCCUAUGUGCUUCAGCCAGGAGACAAUAUCCUCUUUAUCUCUACGCUUCACGGUGGUUAGUGCACCAAGUGAUGACGGUUGGGGGUUUGAUAGACAGCGGAGCGAUUAUAUAUGCAGUCAGUUUCUACACCGCGAUGAGUAGUACUCUGAUAUUUGAGAAAUGUGGCUCAGUUGUG